AUGUCCAAGACUUUAAGCCCCGUGGACCUCUUCUUACUUCCCGCAGUUGUCCUUGGCUCUGUAUAUGUCAUCAAUCGGGGAAGCAUCUUUCCCAAGUCGGAUCCAUACCGGUACAAAUUCUUUGAGCGGCCGCAGCAAUCCUCAGGCAUCGCCGUCCAAACCCAGAGUCGGUCGCGAAACAUUGCAGACCUGGUUAGCCAGAACAAUGCUGAUCUGGUGGUCUUCUGGGGUUCUCAAUCUGGCACAGCCGAGGGUUUUGCCCAACGUCUGGCACGGGAAUCUCAUCAGCGAUUCAAGUUGAAGCCAGUGGUGGCAGACUUGUCCGAGUAUGAUGCCGAGUCUGUUGCUCGCCUCUCGGCACAAACCCUGGUUGUUUUUAUCGUCUCGACAUACGGCGAGGGCGACCCGAGUGACAAUGCCCAGGACUUUGUCUCCUGGAUGAAUUCUACGGCCAAAGCAUCCCUAGAGCAUGUCAAGUUCGCAGCCUUUGGGUGUGGAAACUCCAACUACAGAUACUUCAACAAAACCGUCGACGAAGUCGUAACGGCAAUGGCUAAAUUUGGCGCAACCCAGAUCCUCCCGACUGGAAAAGGGAAUGAAGCCACUCGUACCACGGAAGAGGAUUUCAUGGACUGGAAGGAGAGGCUGUUUUCUACCUUGGCUUCUAACCUUGGUCUUUCGGAACAAGAAAGCGCAUACGAACCUCUGGUCGACGUCAUCGAACAGCCCUCAACACCAGCAGACCAACUGCACCUUGGACGUCCCUUCCAAAAGAUGGGAUCACGGAACACCAUGGGCAUGGAUAUUGUCUCAGUCCCCGUGGUCUCGAACAAGGUGCUUACGCGAUAUGCAACCCAAGACAGGGCUUGCAUUGAGGUGACAGUGGACUUGUCUGCCCAUGCGCAGAUCAAGUAUAAAACUGGAGACCAUAUCGCUGUGUGGCCUGAGAAUUCUGCGGAAGAAGUAGACCGUCUUCUUCGUGUUCUCAAAAUCGAAUCGAAACGAGAUAUUCCUAUCAAAAUUAUGCAAAAGUCAGACUACGACGACGCCAAAGUGCCAAGUUUGACCACCGUCGAGGCUCUCUUUCGGUUUUACCUAGAAGUUUGCAGUCCUGUUCCUCGCGAGACCGUCUCAGCAUUGUCUCUGAUGUCUCCCAGCGUCAAAGUCAAACAGGCUCUGGAAACUAUCAGCAAGAACCGAGAAAUCUACGCCUCAUUUCUGGAGAACAAUCAUCUUACGCUUUCCCGACUUUUGGAUUACGCGGUUGCCAUCGACCCUUCCAUUUCUUGGGAUUCGCUACCACUCUGUUUUAUCAUUGAUGCAUUGCCGACGAUGCAGCCGCGCCUUUACUCCAUCGCCAGCUCGAGGGUCACAUCUCCCCGUGCCGUGACUCUUACGGUUUCAGUCAAGCCAUCGACGUUACGUGCGAAUCCCGAUGUGAUGAUCCCAGGACUGGCCAGCACUUUCCUUUCAACCAAGAAGCCGUCUGAAAAUAAUUCGACAGACUCGCCGAGCAUGUAUAUUCAGAUCCGCAAGUCAACAUUCAAGCUCCCCACAAACUCUGCGAUUCCUUUGGUUAUGGUUGCUGCAGGAACCGGAAUCGCUCCAUUUCGAGCAUUUCUGCACGAGCGAGCCCGCCUCAGUUCCGUUGGAAAACAAAUUGGCCCGAUGAUUCUGUUCUUCGGCUGUCAGAACCAGGCUGACUAUUUGUAUGAGGAGGAGCUUGGUGAGUUGAGGUCAGGCCCACUGGCUGGGAAACUUGAGAUUGUCACGGCCUUUUCCCGCGCCGAUGGCAAGAAGACGUAUGUGCAAGACAUGGUCCAAUCGCGAAGGAUGGACGUCAUCCGGAUGCUUGGAGAUGACGAUGCUGCAUUCUAUAUCUGCGGCGCGGCGACCAUGGCAAAAGCGGUUGGUAGUGUCUUGACUGAGGCAACGAUGGAGGUCCGCGAGUGGUCCGAGACCGAGGCUCUCAACUGGAGGGCGCUCAGAAAGAAGGAAAAUCGCUGGUUCGAGGACGUGUGGAGUUAG